GGUUAUUUCUGAUCGCCUGUCACUGAUCUUGUGGCACACAUAACAAUAACAUACUGUGCAAAGAAAGAAGGAAAAGUCGCUGUAGUUAUGUGUCAAACGAUGUCGUUAUAGGGGGAUGCAUAUCCUAAAAGAAAAUUUUGUUCGGUCUAGCUCUCCGGCUCUCUGCGACGAUCAUGGAUUCCAAAGCUUCAACAGUUAAGACUCCUCCUCAAAACCCCAAAACCCCAAUUCGGUCACCACCCAAAGGCAGAGACCUCUUGGACCACCUCGAAGCCUACCUCGCAAAGCGAGAUGGUGUUGACAAGUUCCUCAAGAUUUCCAGGUACGCCACCAAGAUCAUCCUCGCCUCCUCGGUGCUUCCCGAAACCCUAUCCCUAACUGGCCGGCUCAAGAGCUUCGAGUCCAGCGUGGGACUGAGCCGCAAAGCCUUCCGACUCGGCAAGUUCGUCCAGGACAUCAACGCACUCAAGCACUCCCAUUUCGGUUCGAAACAAGAGCUCGUGCUCUCCAUCGUCGCCUAUGGCGGCGAGGGCUUGUAUUAUUUCGUCGAACAGUUUAUCUGGCUUUCCAAAUCGGGUCUGAUCGAUGGCAAACACUCGCGCAAUUUGCAAACGAUCAGUGCCUGGGCUGAGUUCAUUGGGUACAUGGGUAGUGUCUCGUUGAAAUUGAUAGAUUUGAAGGGGAUUGCCGAGGACGAAGCGUGCUUGGAGACGAGUAUUGAGGUCGCGGUUUCCAGGGGAAUUGGGCGUCUGGAAGAAGAGCAGAGGUUGAGGAAAUUGAGGGAGAAGAAGCUGAUGAAGAAACUCUCGAUCGUUCAAGAUUUUGCCGAUGGGCUAAUGGCGUUGGCUGAUAUUCGCGAAGGGAAGGGCCGGCUUUCGGCUCCGCUUUUCGUUUCGUGUGCGGGGCUUUUAUCGGCGCUGAUUAGCGCUCAUAAGAAUUGGGUGUCUUGCUGAGUUUUGUGGCCUUUUACAAGGUUAGCUUCUUCUGUCAAUGCCUGCAGCUUAUGAGGACAUCUGGACCAACCUCUUCUUCUGCUUCAAGCCUAGAAGAAGAAACCUCUCCUUCUGCAGCUAACGAGCGUUCCCAUAUUUAUUUUGAAGUGCAGGGGCGCAUGUGUGCGCGCAUGCUAUUUUCUUUUCUUCUCUAUUAUUUUCCCUGCCUUUUGGUUUCAAUAUCCAUGCCAACAAGCUACAAAGAGAUUUGUGGUAUUUUUCCUGCUACUUUUAAAGAAAUUAGGGUAAUCUUUCAAGACAAAGUUUUUCGCUAAAUUGGGGUGGAGGAUAGGAAA